GGUCAGGGAGCCGACUGACUGGAGCGGCGCUGGGAGCGGCUGUUGGACGCCGGCGGAGCCGCGGACCAGGUUCGGAGGGACGGGGGCUACGGAGGAAGAAGAUGAGCCUAAAGUCUGAACGCCGGGGAAUUCAUGUGGAUCAAUCUGAGCUCUUGUGUAAGAAAGGAUGUGGUUACUAUGGGAACCCUGCCUGGCAGGGUUUCUGCUCCAAGUGCUGGAGAGAGGAGUACCACAAGGCCCGGCAGAAGCAGAUCCAAGAGGACUGGGAACUGGCAGAAAGGCUUCAGCGGGAGGAGGAAGAGGCCUUUGCUAGCAGCCAGAGCAGCCAAGGAGCCCAGUCCCUCACAUUCUCCAAGUUUGAGGAAAAGAAAACCAAUGAGAAGACCCGGAAGGUCACCACAGUGAAGAAGUUCUUCAGCGCCUCUUCCAGAGUGGGAUCCAAGAAAGCAGAAAUUCAGGAAGCCAAAGCUCCCAGUCCCUCCAUAAACCGGCAAACCAGCAUUGAGACGGAUCGAGUGACUAAAGAGUUCAUAGACUUUCUCAAGACCUUCCACAAGACAGGGCAAGAAGUCUAUAAACAGACGAAGAUGUUUUUGGAAGCAAUGCAUUACAAAAGGGACUUAAGCAUCGAGGAGCAGUCAGAGUGUACUCAGGACUUUUACCAGAAUGUGGCCGAAAGAAUGCAGACUCGUGGAAAAGUGCCUCCAGAGAAAGUGGAGAAGAUAAUGGAUCAGAUCGAAAAGCACAUCAUGACUCGUCUCUAUAAAUUCGUGUUCUGCCCAGAGACUACUGAUGAUGAGAAGAAAGAUCUUGCCAUUCAAAAGAGGAUCAGGGCUCUACACUGGGUGACACCUCAGAUGCUCUGUGUCCCUGUCAAUGAGGAAAUCCCUGAAGUGUCUGACAUGGUGGUGAAAGCCAUCACAGACAUCAUUGAGAUGGACUCAAAGCGAGUGCCUAGGGACAAGCUAGCCUGCAUCACCAGAUGCAGCAAGCACAUCUUCAACGCCAUCAAGAUCACCAAGAAUGAGCCGGCCUCUGCUGAUGACUUCCUUCCCACCCUCAUCUACAUCGUCCUGAAGGGCAACCCCCCUCGCCUGCAGUCUAAUAUCCAGUACAUCACUCGCUUCUGCAACCCCAGCCGGCUUAUGACAGGCGAGGACGGAUACUACUUCACCAACCUGUGCUGUGCUGUGGCUUUCAUUGAGAAGUUAGAUGCCCAGUCUCUGAAUUUAAGUCAGGAAGAUUUUGACCGAUACAUGUCCGGCCAGACCUCCCCGAGGAAACAGGAGCCUGAGAGCUGGUCCCCCGAAGCCUGCUUAGGCGUGAAGCAAAUGUAUAAGAACUUGGACCUCCUGUCUCAGCUGAAUGAACGGCAGGAAAGGAUCAUGAAUGAAGCCAAGAAGCUUGAAAAAGACUUAAUCGACUGGACAGAUGGAAUUGCCAAGGAAGUUCAAGACAUUGUUGAGAAAUACCCACUUGAGAUCAAGCCUCCAAACCAACCCUUAGCAGCCAUUGACUCUGAGAAUGUGGAGAAUGACAAGCUCCCUCCCCCGCUGCAGCCUCAGGUGUACGCAGGGUGACGUUUUGCUCAUGGCCAUGUUUAGUUGGGGCUGAUUUCAGAGAGCUGCUGUGUUCCACUGUUGAGGUCCGGAAUACAAGUUAACUGCUUAAAACAUCAAAGUAUUUUUAAGGUACAGUUUUAGGGAUUGUUUUAUUUUUUUCCUAGCAGGGAAGUUAGUAAAUAAUAAUGCACUAUUUAUUUGAGUGGGUGAAGUAGGUUUAUAUGAAUUCUGUUUCAAUCUUUUAUGUCCUUUCUGAUUUUCCCAUGGGCUUCCUCUGUGGUAGACACUGUUAUUUGUUUUGGGCAAAUACUGCCUUUUUUAAAGGAUAAACAGAUUCUACAAAGUCUACGUUGAAAUGAAUUUAAUGUUCCCACACUCUCCCAGUGUGAAGUAAUUUUAUAAUUGUAAAGAUAGAAGAUAUAUUAAUAAGUAAAUAUGUAAAAUUGUAAAUAUGUAAAAAAUAGGACUUGGGGAGGGAUGGUGUCUGCGUGCAUGGCAUUUCACAUGCUGAUUUUUUUUAGGUGAAAAUGAAAUAUAUUGAAUAUUUGCCUUUAGCACAAUUUUAUUUGUUUUUGUCCUACUGAAAAUAAUCUAAAUAUUUUGUGCUUUCACAUUUAACAGUACAUUAGCACUAACUGCCCUAACUCUGAGGUCCUCUCAGGUACACAUUAGGAAAUGUGACACCAACUUUUAGGUCACAUGAAGUAUUGUUUUGGGACCUUGGGGAGGUGGCUCAGUAAGCACUUUCCACACCGGUGUGAGGACCUGAAUUCAAUGUCUAGCACGCAUGUCAGCAGCUCAGCAUGGUGACAUGUACCUGCGAUGGCACUGCUGGGAGGCGGUGACAGGCAGGUUCCUAGAACUUACUGACUAGCAAGCUUUGCCUCACCUACCCAUCGAGUUCCAGGUCCCACUGAGAGACGCUGUCUAAACAACAGAUGUAGAUAGAUGGCUCCUGAGAAAUGACACCCAAGGUUGACCUCUGGCCUCCACAUGCCCGCAUAUGUGCCUGUGUACCUGUGCACACGUGUGUACCACACACACAAACAUAUCACAUACAGAGUUGCUAGCUAGUACGGUUGACUUUGAACUGUGCUCGUAGCAUCCUCCCCCUUAAUCAUCCAACAACUUCUCCACUUGCUGUGGUGGUUGUUGCAUUUUUGUUGUUUUUUUCUUUGGUUUCUUUUUUUGUUGUUUUGUUUGUUUGUUUUGUUUCUUGAGACAGGCUGUUGCUAUGUAACCCAGGCUGGCCUCAAACUUCUGAUCGCCCUACCUCAACCUCCCAUUGUUGGGAUUUAUGUACGAACCACCACACAGCUCAUUCAGACACAUCACUGAGUUGUGCGAUGCAAAGACUUAGUCUUGGAUGGAAGUUGGAAUGAACUGUCAACAGGUAGUAGGCAACAGAUGAAGUAAACCUUUCAGAAUUCCCACCUCAGAACUGACAGUAGUGGCCUGAGAAUUCUGUUGCUGUGCAUAGUGUGGGAUAUGUGAGUAACAUUCCUUUCUGUGCCUAGUAGAUGCCAGCAGCACCCCACAUUUGUGGGCUAAUGGUCUCCAUUCAUGUGGUGACACAUGCUUAUAAUCCUGGUACUCGGGAGGUGGAGGCAGGAGGACAGGAGUUCAGGCCAUCCUUAUACACACAGUGAGUUUGAGAUAAGCCUGGGCUGUGGAGAUCCUGUCUCAAAGAAAGAAAGAAAAAAUAAACUUGACUCUGGGCAUUAUUAAAUGUCUCCUGGGAGACAGAGCUAGCCCCUGCUAAGUAAGAAUCACCAGUCUCUUGUAAGCAAGGAGGUUAUGCUCCUGCUAGUUAGUUAAUAGGCUAUAACCAAAGAAUAUUGCAUUGAUUAUAUAGUAUCAUGCUACUUGAUGUCUCCCUCAAAGAGGCCCUUCAGUGGGGAACCUUCUCUAAUCCUGUGGAACUUUUUACAACCUGGUUAUACCAUGGAUGGAUGACUCUUCUUCUAUUAGCACCCCUGUGGAAUUAGGAAUUCCUCAGGACACCAUUCUUGAACAGUAUCAUGGCAUUCAAGCAGCUGAGAAAGGCUUUCUUCCUUUCUCAACAUAUUUUCCUAAAUGUUUACUACAAAUAUGUAGUAUAAUAAUUUUGGAAUAAAAGUAGGACAAGUA